CCCGAUCUUCUUGUUUGGUUUGCAUAUUCCCUCUCUUCUUCUCCGCUUUGAAGUUGCUUCCCUCAAUUCUUCUCAAGACCCUAACUGCUUCAACGCCAGUUCUUUCUCAAUGCUUGUAUCUACCUCCGACUGAUCAGAGGCGAGAGUCGAGGAAGAUCUCUGGUGCGGGUCGCCGACUCGAUUGUUUACUAUCCAUCCACUGGAUCAGUGGUUAUCCGCCGUCUUGUGGAGAACCAAAUCUCCCAAUUGGUGUACCCGCACAACUGACAUCUCCGAGGUCGAUCGAUACUGGAUUGUGCGCAUGCAGUCUGGCCCGUCUGUUCUUAUUCCAGGGCUUUGACAAACAUGGGCUUGCCUAUCACUCCAAGCCGAAGCGGGCAGGAAUUGAUCCAACUCAUAGACGAGAUCAACGAAACAUUCUCGCUGGAGAUCCCCAAUCCCCGCAUCUACUCCCCUGGCGGUAACAACAAAACACCGGCAUGGAGAUGCUAUGGCGGUCUCAAGCGGCUCUACUUCAAUGGCCCCUUGUAUCGAGUCCUCGAAGAUUUUCAAGAAUGGGUUUCGUCUCGACCACUCCAUCCAUCCCGCUCACAUUCAGGUCAUGAAAGGGAAGAGCGACUGGGAUACCUGCUGCGAUUGAUCGACGAUGAACUCUACCUAAUGACCAAAGGCUCAUUUCCGGCCAACCGUGUGAUGGAGCAACUUUCGGCGAAGCCUGAAGAUCUAACACCUAAGUCAUUGAAGAGAAGACUUUCGGCCGAUGAGGACGAGUUUCAUACUGCGCCGAGCUCUCCGGUGAAAGAACCUGCAAGAUCAGUUUCCCCAUUGGAGACAGACAGUUGUUCCCAUGUUGUCGGAUACUCUAAUCAAGGUAGCCAUCGGCAGUCAACGAUCGCGACUUUCCCUACAAACCUCUUCCAGAGCCCUCGCCGCUCUGCCUCGGAAAAGCCUUCCAAGUUCGUAGAGAGACUGACCGCACCUGACAAGUACCGGCGAUACGACGCUGUACCUGCUGCCCACACCGGCGUGAACGCCAGCUUCGCCACAACUACUGCCUCAUCCUCUGACUUUUUCGCUUCGCACAAAGUCUCAUAUAACACGUCCUUUCUCUCAACAACCACUGAUGUCACCGAGCCCAUGCCGGAGGACGAGUCACUGUACGAAGAGUCGGUGGUAGGGCAUAUGCUCAGUCAGGAGAUGAGAACGACGUUUGAGCAGCAAAGUCGAGUUCCAGGUCCCACACCUAAGGAGUCUCAGUACACCGACGACGGACAAAUCAUGGCAGAACUUAUUGAAAACGGACCUUUCACUUACGAGCAGACUUUCUCAAAGUCGACUCCACUUCGCUAUCGAUAUGAGCUAGAAAGGAUAGGCAGAGCGUGGAAUGUACCUUUAAGCCGCAUGCUCGUUGGUGACACCAUCUCAUUCAGAACUCUGGACGACUAUUGGAAAUGGAUAGCGCGUCAUAACCAGCGAGACGGCAAGCCACUUCCAGAGAAGCCAACUCGCAAGGCGUGGGAAGCCGCUACGGGUGAUUUCAAAACAGAUAAGCAUUCCGAGGUGGUCGUCUUCACAGGGGACAUGGAGUGGUGCACUGGGUCCGAACGCGGUAUUUUGAAGUUGAAAUUGAAUCCUCUGAAGACAGAACGAACCUGCCGCUUUCAUCGACGCUUUGGAUCGGAUCGCUUCCUCAGUCUGACGAUGCCUGCCCCGGCGCGGCCGCCACCUCGUCUCCGAAUACCCAAAAAUCCUACUCUCCUGCGAGAAAGCUUAGCUCUCUGGUUAACGCAACGGGUGCAUCGGUGCCUCGGUAGGGAAUGGAGGCCGUUCUUUGUGGAGGAAAUGAAAUCAAAGCGUAAGGUGAAGUCGGAACCGAAAUUUCGAGUGGACUUCUUUGCUGUCGACGGCAUUGAUUUUGACCACAUGGUGAGAGUACCCUCGUCCCUACCUCUCCCAAACCAGGACAGUACGAACCGCACGCCGAUGGAUUUAGAAGAACUUAUUGAAUGGCACAUGCCUUCAGCAGCCAAUCUCGGCCAGUCUAACUGCAAGCUUUUCCAGAGGUUAUCAUUAGGUCUUUCCAAAACUUAUGCAACGGUGGUGCUGCGACCAUCGCACAUUCUGUCGCUGCCGGACCUCCCAGGCCGUCCGGUUAUGAAUGAUGGGUGCGCCCUGAUGUCAAGGAAGAUGGCCAGCCACAUCUGCGACAUGCUGGGGAUUACAGGACUAACCCCUAGUGCCUUCCAGGGUCGAUUUGCGGGAGCCAAAGGGUUGUGGAUGGUUGAUCGACAUCAUUCACAUUUAUCAGCUGAGUGUAAUGACGACAUGUGGAUUCAGAUUUCCGACUCGCAGCUGAAAAUCCAUCCGCAUCCCCAAACCUGGCAAGAGCCUGUUGACAACGAGCAGUUGACCUUCGAGGUUGUGAAAUGGUCCAAGCCGUUGCAUCCGGUCGAUUUAAAUAUUCAACUCUUGGCAAUCCUCGAGCAUGGCGGACACGUGAGGGAAUAUAUCGGCGACCUCACCCGGCAAGGCAUUCAAGCGGUGUAUAAGGAGUUUGUACAGGUACUCCAGUCCGAUAGUGCUGUCCUUUGUCGCAGUCUUAUCCAGAAAAUCCGGCCUUUAGCUGAUGACGGCUCCGGGCUAAUGUCACACAAAGUCAAACGCCUGGAGCAGUGGACGGCGAAUGAUGCAGAGUCGAUAAUACGACUUACUGAAGCAGGGUUUGGACCUCGAAGCUUCUAUCCGCUUCGCAAGCGACUGGGAAAAUGUCUCAGGGACCUGCUCACUCGAUAUGUGGAUGAGUCACAUAUAGAGGUCCCUCUUUCGACUUACGCUUUCUGCAUCGCAGAUCCUUAUGGGAUUCUUAAAGAAGACGAGGUGCAUUUUGGAUUCUCUACCAACUGGCGCGAUGGCGAAGGUCAAUUUGAAGAUACUUUACUCGACGGCAUCGAAGUCCUGGUCGGCCGACUUCCAGCCCACCUUCCCUCUGACAUUCAGCGCCGGAAGGCUGUAUGGAAGCCAGGCCUUCGCCACUUCAAGGAUGUCAUUGUGUUUCCCAGUGUGGGUAAUGUACCGCUGGCGCAUAUGCUAUCAGGCGGCGACUACGAUGGUGAUACGCCCUGGAUCUGCUGGGAUCAGAACAUCGUGCGCAGCUUUCAUAACUCGGACCUCCCAGAUGUCGAAUACCCCCCAGAGCACUUUGGUCUUACGAAACAUUCCGUGCCCAUGAGGGACGUCCAAUCCAUGGACGAGUUCCUCCAAAGCGCGUUCACGUUCAAUUUGACUCUAUCGAAUUUAGGGCGCUGCACUGUAGAGCAUGAAAAGAUCGCCUAUGAUGAAUCGAUCAAUUCGCACAACGCCACGGAGCUUGCUUGUCUCCUAGGUCAUCUUGUGGACGGCCGUAAGGGAGGUGUGCAUCUGUCUGAGCAAGCCUGGGUGCAAUAUCGGAAGAGAAUCAGCCCUCGGGCUCGUGCUCUGCCCGCCUACAAGAAUUCUGAACGAAGACACAAGAAGACCGAUAUUAUUGACUUUCUUCGCUUCGAGGUGGCUCACAAAGAGCGCAAUAAGGUUCUGGCACAAUUGGAGAAGGCAUUCCCCGAGAAGGAGUCUUUCGAGAACCGGGAUGAAGACCUGUUGGGAGUAUGGGCUCAUGUUGAACAGCAAGCCACACAGGACAUAGGACUAAAAACAGCACUGCAAGGUGUGGCUCAGAAGCUCAAGACCUUGUACGAGCAGUGGAACGAGCACGUGUCGAGGAGCCAAGAGUCCUUCUCCGUCCGUGCUCUAGAAGCUGCUGACGAAGCUCAAGCCAUUGAGCCUCCGUCAGGAGAUCAUCCUUUGAUUCAGGUAUGGGAGCACUGUCCGGGCGAAUGGCUUCGGUUUCUAGCUUCCAGUACGUAUCAGCGGUGGCCUCAUUCCGGCUUCGUCAUGCACGCCUUUGGUGAGGUGCUCUGUCAGAUGAAGGCGAGCUACCUACCAGGGCGGACCGUGACAAAUGAGAUCCUUGCCUGUUAUCGUGUCAACCAGAAGGUCAUCGCACAGCUUACGUCGCGGGACCCGAUAGAUGAAGAAGACUCCGGGCCGGGCGAGGACGAGUACGAAGGGCACGAAGCCAUCGAGGCGAUGCACUUCGGGCUGCCGUCGACAGCAGCGGGCGGAUACUACGAUCCGGACGAUGGAAUGUCGGUGGAAUGAGCGAGGUUUCAGCUUCGGAUAGCAUGGUUCAUUGGCUGGAAUUCAGUUCAUGCAUCUGAGAGGUACAUUCUUGGUUAUCGUGCUGCUGCAUGCAUGUGCCUCCCUUGGUAGAAACUUUGGAUUAAGCGAGAACGGGAUAGGGCAUUGGGCCAGAUAGUAUGGAUACUAGCAACAACGAUCUACGAGACUAAGUUAUUGUUUGCCUUCGGGUGACCAGUUGGCCAUGGGGUCGUUUUGUUUGGUUGGCUGAAUCGUAGUUAACUCCCUGACUAAACUCCAAGAAUCAUGAAUC